UUUUAAAUCCAUCUCUUUAACGACUCAGUGUGAUAGCUAUGGCUUUCGUUGAUAUAUAUGCGUAAAUUAGAGCCUGAUAUGUAUACGCCUGGGGUUUUAGUAAUAAUUGUGUAAAACUGACGAUGGUAAACCGGUUUAAGUGAAGAGUGAUCUAUCAGGAUCGGAGAGGCCUCUGAAUUUCAUCCCCGUUAGCUCGCAGGAAAAACAAACAAGAAGUCGUCGCCUGUAAUUGAUAUAUUAUUCGAUAUAAACGUCGUUUUCAUGACGCAUUGGGCUGUUUUUUUUUUAGGCUUCCUCCAGUUUUAAUAUAUUCUGGGCAGGCAUGCAUAUGGGCUGUUAACGUGCAGGAAAGGCUUCCUUUGGGAGUUCGAGCCCUGUUGGCUCUUUGUCCUCAGAGGAUCACGAUUUUGAUCCAACAGCUGAGAUGUUAAUUCAUGAGUAUGACGAUGAGAGAACUUUGGAGGAGGAAGAGCUUUUGGAUGGAGAGAAGAAUUUCAGUGCAGAAUUGUCAGACUUGGAGAGGGAGGGGAACAUGCCGAUUGAGGAGUUGUUGGCUAUGUAUCGUUAUGAGGCAUCAGUCAGUACAGGGGCAGGAUCUAGCAUGGACAGUUCUUCUGUUGAGCUAGCUGAUGAUCUGCCUGACAUGACCCUGGAUAAGGAGGAGAUAGCAAAAGAUCUAUUGUCAGGAGAUUAUGAGGAGGAGACCCAGUCCUCUGCGGAUGAUCUGACUCCUUCUGUUACCUCCCACGAUGCCACAGACUUUUUCCCUAGAACACUCAGAUCCAAUGCAACAUAUGAUGGUGAUAAAGAAUCUGAGGGGGAGGAGGAUGGUGUGAGCAGUGAAGAUUCUAGAAAGGAAAUAAUGGUUGGGUCUCAGUAUCAAGCAGAAGUUCCCAUGGGGCUCAGCCACUACAAUGAUGAUGAAAAGGUGUACGAGGAGGAUGAUCAGCUGCUGUGGUGUCCUGACGUGCUGUCAGAGUGUAAAGUGAGAGACUACCUCAGAGAAGCGCUGUCACAGUCUACAGAUGACGGCACACAAGAUUACACAUCUGAACACAUACGAGAUAAUGAACAGGCCUUGUUUGAGCUUUUGAAAUGUAAUUACAACACCCGUGAGGCACUGACGCGGUACCGCAGUAAUGUGAAGACCUCGAAGGAAGAAUCCCCACCGUGGUCAGAGGAUGAAUGUAGAAACUUUGAACAUGCGCUGCAGAUUUAUGAGAAAAACUUCCAUCUUAUUCAGAAACACAAGGUUCAGACACGGACUGUAGCAGAAUGUGUGGCUUUUUAUUACAUGUGGAAAAAGUCAGAACGGUUUGACUACUUUGCUCAACAGAACCGAUUCGGCAAGAAGAAGUACAGUUGUUACCCGGGUGUGACAGACCUGAUGGACAGGCUGGUGGAUGAGGCGGAGGGUCUGGCGGUGGACAGCUCGUUAUCCGUGUGUUCAGCAGGAGCAGGGGGAAGGAUGGAGGCGUCGGCAGAGCAACAGCUCGGAUUGCUCAACUCCAUCACCGCCAGUGACCUCACAGCCCUUAGUAACAGCGUAGCAACUGUGUGCAACGGUCCAGGAGACAUGAGCUGUUUAGACUCCCCUUAUUUUCCCCCUCUGGAGAGUUUACACAGAGGAGCCAUGAACCAUGAUGAUCAGCUAAACUACACCACGAACGGAGACAGCGGCUGCCUCAACAUGCUGGAUUCUGGCUUCUAUCGCUCAGAUCUGGGCCAGAUUAGCAUGUGCAGCACCAAAGACUGCGAACGGCCCUCCAAGAGGCUCAAGAUGGGCCUUUCAGACUCCUUCAUUAAUGAUGUGUCCGUUACUAACCUGGGCGUGGACUUUGAAGGCAGACGCGCACAUCGCAUUACAGGCGCCACAAUGGCGGUGUCGGUCACAGACUUCAGCAGCAUAGGGAGCGGCGAAGCCAACGGUUUCAUUGGCUCUCAUUCACGACACCACCAACACACUGCACUUCAGUCCGAUUGACUCCUUUCUGCCAUCCAGACACAUUCAUCCGCUCACUGACUAUUAGUUCUUUUUUAAAUUAAGAAAAAAUA